CCAGGUUUCGGGAUUCUAUUGUUCCAUUCAUUCAGAAACUAUAUGGUGUUUUUCGCAACAGCUUCUUGUUCCAAGGUGUAUUUAUCCUAGGAAGAGCUCAACUAGGAAUUGUAUGCUUAAUUGCAUUUUUGAUAUACAAAUUUGGCCCAGGAAACACGUUCAUGGACGAUGCCAUUGAAAUAUUCCUGCAGAGUCACAAUUUAAUGCCUAUAAGGUACUCCUACUCUCAAAUAAAGAGCAUGACCAAUGGUUUUAAGGAUAAAUUAGGUCAAGGAGGUUAUGGCACAGUCUUCAAAGGAAAGCUUCAAAGUGGCCAUCCUGUAGCGAUAAAAUUGUUGAGCAAGUCAAAAGCCAACGGGCAAGAUUUCAUGAAUGAAGUUGCUACAAUUGGAAGGAUUCAUCAUAUUAACGUGGUGCAACUAAUUGGAUUUUGUGUGGAAGGUUCUAAACAAGCUCUUGUAUAUGAGUUCAUGCCAAAUGGAUCUCUAGAUAAGUUCAUUUUCCCAAAUAGAGAAAAUAGUACCAUCUUGACUUGGGAUAGAAUAUAUGAGAUUGCAGUUGGAGUAGCUCAAGGAAUUGAAUAUUUACAUCAAGGUUGUGACAUGCAAAUUCUACACUUUGAUAUAAAGCCACAUAAUAUUCUCCUUGAUGAAAACUUUAUUCCAAAAGUUUCAGAUUUUGGCCUCGCAAAAUUGUAUUCGGUAGAUGACAGCAUUGUAUCUCUCACUGCUGUACAAGGAACACUAGGAUAUAUAGCUCCAGAAUUAUUCUACAAAAGCAUUGGGGGCAUAUCAUAUAAAGCUGAUGUUUAUAGUUUUGGAAUGUUGUUGAUGGAAAUGGUGGGGAGAAGGAAAAAUUUGAAUGCAUCUGUGGAGCAUUUAAGUCAGAUAUACUUCCCUUCUUGGAUAUAUGACAAACUCGAUCAAGGUGAGGACAUUGAGGUGUUAAAUGCCACAGAAAGCGAGAAGAAAACAUUAAAGAAGAUGAUCAUAGUUGCAUUUUGGUGCAUUCAGAUGAAGCCCAUUAAUCGUCCUUCCAUGAGCAAAGUCUUGGAGAUGCUCGAAGGCCCAAUAGAGCUCUUGCAAAUGCCUCCCAAACCUUUCUUUGGUCCUGAGGAGAUGUCAAUUGAGGACCACACUAGUAAUAAUUCUGCAGGGAUACCUACUAGUGAUUCGGAUAGUAUUGUCACCUUAGACAAAAUGUAAUUAAAUUGUCAAUAAUUUUAUUAUUAAAUCUUCCAAGUAUAACACAAGCUUUACAUCAUUUAAUAACUCUAUUUGUUUUAUAGGUAACUUUUUAAACAACUAUAUACCAUGUAAA